AAAGUCAUGAUUGUGCCCUGAGUAGUUACUUCGUACAAUCAUCAGACAAUACCUCGAACUCAUCGAAACAUGGCAAGGAGAUAGCUAUGGUUUCCAUUCGGAGGUAACCUUUCGCCAAAAAGGUACUGGUUCUACCAAGCAUUCCGAGAUAUGACAUCCAAGUCAGUUAUGAAUGCUAUUCCACGCAACAGAUGGAGGCCGUCGGCAUGUCCCAGGAUCAGUAAAUGCUAUGCUUAUCAUUUCCCAAGAUCAUAUAUAUCGAGGAGGUCGCACUCGUGGCGAGCUUCGAAAGGACGCCUUCAUCAGCAAAAGUCAUUCAUCUGUCUAGCUGGGUCCAUUAGUUGCGUUGUCGUGGGAUUAAGUCUCUAUUUGAACGGAAACCUUGUUCCAUUGUAUGAAGGGCGAGCAUUUUGCGAUGGGCCAAGGUCGGGACCGUCGUGGCCUUCGGAAGGGCCCGUUGUGAUACACCGGGGCCGGAGGUUUAAGUCUGGUGAUACUAUUUCUGAAGACCCCGAACCGCUAUCUCAGACAGAGGUGGUGGAGGACAAUGAUACUCGAAAGGAGUCGAUGCCAAUCGACGACACGCCCCCAGAGGAUGGGCCAUCAAACGUCCAAUCCAACACGGGGACUGCCAACUGGUCUUCUGUUCAGGAGAAGAUAACCGAGUUCUUGAUCCCUGAUUGGGUUCGUGUACUCCCCGAAUAUAUCACGAAGUUACAGAAGGAAGUGUCACGGGCACCCGGAUCUCUUGCCGACAUGAUUUGGCAGGAAGCGAAUGACCCCGAGAUGCAUCCGGAGAUCAUCUGGGACUGCCAAGUUCGUAUAUCGGACACCCUGUGCGAAGAGGAACGUGCGUUCGUCAAGAAACGCAAAAUGGCCACUCGAAGAGCGCUGGCCGGAUACCUUGACAUGAACGAAGCGGAGAUCCAUCUGGACGAUGUGCCGACCAUUGCUAUCUGCGGCUCAGGAGGCGGACUUAGAGCGCUUGUUGCAGGUUCAUCGUCUUACCUGUGCACUAAAGAAGCUGGAUUGUUUGACUGCGCUACUUACACGGCGGGUGUAAGCGGUAGCUGCUGGUUACAGGCUCUCUACUACUCCUCUUUGACUGGUCAAAGCCACCGGAAACUGAUCAAUCAUCUGAAACGCCGACUGGGAGUGCACAUUGCCUUCCCACCCUCCGCAAUGAGCCUUCUCACAAGCGCCCCCACCGACAAGUACCUUCUUAGCGGCCUUCUUGAGAAGACGCGAGGUAUGCCUGAUGCUGAUUUUGGCAUCGUGGACGUAUAUGGACUGCUUUUAGCCGCACGUCUCAUGGUGCCAAAAGGCGAGCUAGGAGUUGACGCCCUGGACAUGAAAGUCUCCAGUCAGAAGCGGUUUCUAGAGUCUGGAGACCACCCGAUGCCAAUAUAUACAUGCGUCCGGCACGAGAUACCGGCCGUAGACAUGGACUCCCACACCGCAUCGGCGGAACAGGCGCUGAAAGAGACAUGGUUUCAGUGGUUCGAAAUGACGCCCUACGAAUUCUGGUGCGAGGAACUCGGUGCUGGCAUACCGAUGUGGGCUCUUGGGAGGAGUUUCCACGAUGGCGCUUCGCAAAAGCGGGAUAAUGGCCUAUAUUUGCCCGAAGUUCGUCUGUCUACCCUCCUUGGGAUAUGGGGCUCCGCAUUUUGCGCGUCGCUAUCGCAUUACUAUAAAGAGGUUCGACCCCUUUUCAAAGGCGCGACAGGAUUCGGGCGCCUUGACCAUAUUCUCGCCGAAAAGGACGGUGAUUUGAUUAAAGUACAUCCGAUCGAACCCGCCGCCGUUCCCAAUUUCGUCGACGGCUUUAAGGAUGCACUGCCUCGACAUGUGCCAGACAGCUUGGUCGAAUCCCCCCAGUUGCAGCUCAUGGACGCAGGGAUGAGCAACAACCUUCCCGUAUAUCCCCUUCUGCGGCCAGGUCGUGACGUGGAUAUUCUCAUUGCCUUCGAUGCGAGUGCAGAUGUGAGGACUGAUAAUUGGCUUCAUGCUGUGGAUGGAUAUGCCCGGCAAAGAGGGAUUAAGGGAUGGCCCGUCGGCGCAGGCUGGCCACCUCCCGAUGCGACCGAUGAUGAGGUGACCGAGCAACUGGCUAGCGCACAAGCCGAGACAAAGAGAGACGUGGAUGGGAAGAUGGCCGCUGCAAAUUCGGGCAGUAAAAGUGAAGACGCUCGCCCCCAGAACGUCGAUAGACAACCAGGCUUGGGGCACAGUAGCUCGUCGAAACAGUACCGAGCAUCAUCUGGUGCUCCUCAGCCAGGGCACGACAAAAUCGAACCUUCUUCGCGACGACAGAAGCGCGAAAAAUCCGACCUCACGUUUUGCAAUGUUUGGGUCGGAACGGCGGAAGAGCGCGAGUCUGACUCUGACCCACUGCCCUCCAAACUCGUGGAGCAAGAUUGGGAGCUUACACGACCAAAUGCUGGCAUAUGCGUCAUCUAUUUUCCAUUUCUUUCCAAUCCUCGUGUCGCUAGCGUUGAUCCGAUGUCGUCUGAUUUCAUGUCGACUUGGAACUUCGUUUAUACGCCGGACCAGAUCGAUAAGGUGGUGUCGUUGGCACGGGCGAAUUUUGAAGAGGGGAAGGACCAAACGAAGAGGACGGUCAGAGCGGUGUACGAGAGGAAGAAGAGACUGCGGUUGGGACGGGAGGAGAGGGAAUGGAAGGAAAGGUGGGCACGACGCUUGCGGAUAACGAAACAAAUGAAGCAUCACGGCGGUGACCAUUUCACCUGAAGGGAAUUCAAUCAAUCGUUCGAUUUUCCGGAGAUUCUUCCAUCCUUGUUCCCACCUAGACGCCAUAAAUAC